AUGCUGUACGUCGUCGGCCUCGGCCUCGGCGACGAGAAGGACAUCACCGUGAACGGCCUCGAGGCGGUGAAGAGGUGCGACAAGGUGUACCUCGAGGCGUACACGUCCAUCUUGGGGGUGCCGAAAGACCGACUGGAGGCGCUGUACGGAAGAGAGGUCACCGUCGCGGACAGGCAGUUCGUCGAGCAAGGGAUCGACGGCAUGCUCAACGAGGCGCUCGAGAUGGACGUCGCGUUCCUCGUCGUCGGCGACGCGUUCGCGGCGACGACGCACUCGGACUUGGUGUUGCGAGCGAGAGGGUUAGGAUGCAAGGUGAAACACAUCUACAACGCGUCCAUCAUGAACGCGGUCGCCGGGUGCGGGCUGCAGCUGUACCGGUUCGGUCAGGCGGUCAGCAUCGUGUUCUUCACGCAGACGUGGCGCCCGGACUCGUUCUACGACAGGAUAAAAGAGAACGCCGCGCUCGGGCUGCACACGUUGCUGUUGUUGGACAUCCGAGUGAAAGAGCCGAGCGUCGAGGCGCUGUGCCGCGGGAAGAACGAGUACGAGCCGCCGCGGUUCAUGUCCUGCGCGACGUGCGCGCGGCAGCUCAUGGAGGUGGAGGAACUUAGGGGCGAGGGCGUGUACGGGCCGGACAGCAUGUGCGUCGCGGUCGCGCGCAUGGGGCAAGACGACGAGGUCAUCAAAUCGUGCACGCUGAAGGAGAUGUGCAACGUCGACGUCGGCGGGCCGCUGCACUCGAUGGUGCUCGUCGGGGACACGCACCCGCUGGAGGACGACAUGCUGCUGAUGCAUCGCGCGAAGGAGAGCGAUUUCUUGCCGGACGACGAGGUCCCGAGCCAGUACCUCGAGGACCUGUAG